AUGACUAAUUUCAAGAAAACCACAAAACAAAUAAGGAGAUGAGGAGUGAAGUAGGCCCAUUCCUCUAUUUUGUGUAUGUGUGUGAGAGAGAUAAAGAGUGUUUUAAAUGACACCACCAUAUCAUCCCCAUGAUUUUCUUCCAUUAAAGACCCUUCUUUUCUUUACCUUCCCCUUCAUCUUCAACAUUUUUCUUCAAGAUUUUCGCUUUCAAAUUCGGGGUUUUCAAUAAAGAUCAAAACCCAUCACAACUUGCUUCAUGAAACCAUGAACUCUCAAGAGAAUAAUAACAAAAGUAUCAUGUUUGUAUCAGAAGGGCAUGAUUCAAGUUCAUCUCAAAGUAAAGAAGUUGCCAUACCUAUUCAAAAGGCUGAAGAAGAUAUUUCUACUAAAAAUAUGGAAACACCAAAUGGGAAAAAUUGGAAAAAGCAAAAUUUGUUCUUGGAAAUUCCGUCAAGAACACCACAAGCUUCUUCAUCACAAGAAUCUGUUCAAAUCAAGAUUGGCCAAACAACGAUUCCAACUCCUAAGAAAGUAUAUUUCAAUCUCACACAAAGUCCUUCGGAUAUUAAAGCAAAUGGAGCUCCCACUACUUUCUCAUCAAGAUCCAAAUCUUCAAAGAAAAGUUUACUACCAAAAUUUAUGAACCGCAAUACAAUUCCGGAUAUAGAAAAGACCGAUGAAAAUGUAAUUCCAUCGGUCUCGUCUUGUGUACCACAAGAGAAGCCUUCAAUCCCAAGAUCAUGGUCUCUUUCCAAAAUCUUUGGUCCUCAAAGGACAUCUUCUCUACCGGUCACCCCAAUUGCCCAAUCUGUACUGGGCAACUCGGGUGGUUCCCUUAAUUUGGAGACUAAAGUUCAAGUGAAUAUAGCGCGGUCACGAUCAGUCCCGGUCCUCAAUGAAGAUAUAACAAUCAAAAGAAUGGAUUCUUUUUUCCGCGUGAUACCUUCAACCCCACGACCGAAAGAUUUCAACACCAUUUCACCAACCCCUUCUCCAGCUCGUGACAAGGAUAACGAAGAAGGAGAUGGUGAAGAUAUACUAGAAGAAGAAGCUGUUUGUAGGAUAUGUUUGGUUGAAUUAUGCGAAGGUGGAGAAACCCUAAAAAUGGAAUGUAGUUGCAAAGGCGAACUCGCCUUGGCUCAUAAAGAUUGUGCUGUAAAAUGGUUUAGCAUCAAAGGGAACAAAACAUGCGAUGUGUGCCAUCAAGAUGUCCAAAACUUACCCGUUACCCUUUUAAGGAUCCAAAGCAGUGUCAGAAACCGAAUCAAUGGUGCAAGUAGACCAAACCCCAUGGAAGUAGACGGAUACGGUGAUGUGUAUCGCGUAUGGCAAGAAGUGCCGAUUCUUGUUAUUGUCAGCAUGUUGGCAUACUUCUGUUUCAUCGAGCAACUACUGGUUGGUGACAUGGGUACGAGUGCAAUUGCACUUUCUCUUCCCUUUUCAUGUGUUUUGGGUCUUCUUUCAUCCAUGACAUCAUCAACAAUGGUGAAAAAAAGAUUUGUUUGGCUAUAUGCUUCAGUUCAGUUUGCUUUCGUUGUAAUCUUCGCCCAUAUUUUCUACUCUGUGGUUCAUGUUCAGCCAGUUUUGUCGAUUCUUCUUGCAACAUUUGCAGGAUGUGGAGUUGCAAUGAGUGGAAGUUCGAUUCUUGUUGAGAUUUUAAGGUUUAGAAACAGAUGGUGGCAUAGUAGAUCGGAUCAACAAAUGAAUUCCCAGAUUGUUUUGCGUCCGGAAUCAAGGCGCACCCAAUUCCAAACUGCAUCUUCUUCUUCUUCAUCUUCAUCUUCUUCGUCUUCGCAUGCUCAUGAUAUUGAAAUUGGGAAUACAAAUCGGAGAGGAAGCUAGGUUUAGUAUCAAGUUGCAGAAUUGAAGAGAAUGUUGGAAAUUUGGGUUGUCGUGAUCCUGCAAUGUUAGUAGAGAUAGGAAAAAAAGAGGAAAAAAUGUUCUGUAAUACAGAACCACAAACGAUUAUGACAAUUUGAUUUAUUGACAAUGAUUCAAGAAGUAUGUUAGACGAAUACUGAUAAGAAAUUCAAUCAUCUAGAUUGAUAAUAAGUGUAGAUAACAGCUCGAUAAGAUCAAGUUAACUUACAAUGAAUAGCACGCUAAAAAUCAGAACUCAAAAGGUAGAAUUCGGAAGUAACUAGUAUGUAAAGAAUCAAACGAAUGGAUCCACAAGAUCUGAAUGAAAUUUACAGCAUAAUGUAUGAUGAUAUAAUGUGAUAAUGUCCACCUUUGUAUAGAUCUAGAUCUAGAUGAUGAUGAUGUGGCCAGAUUCGAACUUUAGAGGAACUCUCUUCUUGCGGCGGAGCUGAAUUCUGCUCGCCGGAUGUUCUGUUGGCGUUUCUUGUACAGCAAUCCUCCAAAUCCGACAACACAAGCGGCAGCGAUUACUCCGAUCGCAAUCCCGGCCUUCUUCCCGCCGCUCAUCCCUCCUGACGAAGAUUUAUUCGAUUCCUCGCUUUUCACAUUGGCAGAGGACAGAUCAUUAUCAUCCGCCGUUUCCGGUGCCGGAGACAUAGCUGGAGGUGCAGACGUAGCGGGUGGCUGAGUGGAAGUAGGAAUGGGAGCCAGAUCUGAAGACGGCGGAGGUGCUGGUGGAGAACCGGUUGAAGGAGAUGGAGAUGGAGAUGGAAUUAUAGGUUGAUCAUCGGAACCGCUUUGUGGAGCAGGAGACGGCGAAACUCCGGCUGGAUCUGAAGAAACAGAGAGAGUAAACAGAAGUGUGAAAGCCAAUAAAGAAAUGAACCUUUUGGCCACCAUUGUUGCUGAUGCUGCUUGUGUAGUGUAUGAAUUUGUUGAAGAACAGAUGAUUGAAUGCAGAUCUAGGAGUGAAGAAGAUCGAUGGAAAAAAUUGAA